AUCCCGCUUAUCCCUAAUCGUGAAUCGUGAGCGACGUGAGCUGUUUAAUCACAAAAGAACGCUUCAAAGCCGGUGUUGGACCUCAAAAUUGAAUUUCUAGCGUUUGCACUUGCUUGUUACCACUUUUUACCGAUCUUUGCUGAAACAUGUCUGCUGUGGAGCUGAAUGCCGACCUCGCCGAGUUGAAGUCUCACUUGGAGAAGGCGGAGAGGCCGCGUGUGAAGACCCUCUUGAACUUCGAAAUCCGCAAAGUCGAGGCGGAGCUGCUGAAAUUCAACAAAGAAGACACAAACCCGACAGAAGCACAGACGCAAACCAAACCUGUUGUGCCGCAGGUUUCCAAAAACUAUGAAGUGAAACUGCAGAAUUACGCUUGGGACCAAAGCGAUAAUCUGGUCAAACUCUUCGUGACGCUGCCGGGCGUGCAGAAUCUUCCUCAGGACCAAAUCCAGGCCACCGCGGGCGGCAGGUCUAUCGAGCUGAGGGUGUCAGGGCUGGAGAACAAAGACUACGUGCUGCACAUCAACAAUCUGCUGGAGCCAAUUGGCGAGUGUUCGAGCAAAAUAAAGAAGGACAUGGUGGUGGUGAGCAUGAAAAAGCGCUCCAUGGGCAGCCACUGGUCGCACAUCACCGAGGUGGAAAAGCGAGCGGCCGACGCCAAGGUCUCAAAGACGAAAAUGGACUCGUCCGACUCGGCCGACCCCACCGCCGGCCUCAUGGGCAUGAUGAAGCAGAUGUACGAGGACGGCGACGACGACAUGAAGCGCAUGAUCGCCAAGGCUUGGACGGAGGGCCGCAGCAAGAGCCCGGACAUGGGCCCGGACUUCAACCUCUGAGAAAAUUAAA